AUGGGCUCGAAACGUCAGAUGACCUGAACAAGAUUGCCCCAAGGGUUUAAAAAUUCACCUACCCUAUUUGGAUCAGCAUUAAGUCAGGACUUAUUAGAUUUCAACUCCAUCCCAGGAGAAUGUGUACUACUACAAUACGUGGAUGAUUUGUUGAUAGCGGCAGUUACUAAAGAGAUAUGCCAGCAAGCAACUUAUGAUUUACUGCACAUUCUUUGGAAGGCAGGAUACAAGGUGUCCAGGAAGAAAGCUCAGUUGUGUCAGCCAACUGUCAAGUAUCUAGGAUUCCAUAUCUCUGAAGGUCAAAGGAUAAUGGGGCCUGAAAGAAAAGAGGCUGUAUGCCAAAUACCAACACCUAAGAAUAGAAGACAAGUGCGAGAAUUCUUAGGGGCAGCAGGCUUCUGUAGGAUAUGGAUUCCCAGUUAUGCGAUACUGGCGAAACCCCUCUAUACCGCUAUUAAAGGCACGGAACAUGAUUCCUUCCUGUGGACCAUCGAACAGCAGAAGGCAUUUGAGGAUGUUAAGAAGGCAUUGAUGAGCGCCCCCGCAUUAGGUCUACCUGAUCAUACACGUCCAUUCUACUUAUAUGUACACGAGCAAAGAAGGAUGGCUGUGGGAGUACUGACACAGUAUCUGGGAUCGUGGCAACGACCUGUUGCGUAUAUGUCCAAACAACUGGAUGCAGUAGCCAGUGGUCUUCCUCCUUGUCUAAGGGCCGUAGCUGCCGCCGCCCUGUUGGUAGCAGAAGCUGACAAGCUCACUCUGGGUCAGGAACUCUAUGUGCGAGUCCCGCACGCAGUACAGACGUUGCUAGACUAUAAAGGUAAUCAUUGGUUUAGCAAUAGCCGCAUGACUAAGUAUCAAGCCAUAUUAUGCGAGAACCCGAGAGUGCAUCUUGAGACUGUUAAUACCUUGAACCCAGCUACCCUCCUGCCGCAACCUACUGAGAGUCGACAUGAUUGCCUGGAGGUAAUGGAUGAAGUGUUCUCAAGUAGACCGGACCUUCAUGAUUUUCCCAUCCAGAACCCUGAUGUUCAGUAUUACACGGACGGCAGUAGUUACGUGAAAGAAGGGAUUCGCUAUGCCGGAUAUGCAGUGACAACUAUAGACAAGGUGAUAGAAGCGCGGCCAUUGUCAAAAGGAACGUCAGCACAGAAGGCAGAAUUAA